AUGGCGCAACAAAAUAAGGCAAAUAAGGAAGACAGAGACGAAAGUCAAAAAGAGGUUGAAAUCGGUGCGAAAUGUCGGGGACCUGGGCCGGCGAAAUAUCUUCUUCCUGGAACCAUUGGAGUUAAAGGCCAUGAUAUUCGCAAGCACCGAUGUCCCGCAUUUAGUUUUGGCCAACGACAUAAGGAAUUUUCGUCUAGCAUUAGUCCUGGUCCAAAGUACAUGUUCACCGCCUAUGUAACACGGAAUGGAAGGGAAGCAGCCCCAGCGUUUUCACUUUACAGUCGCACAACAGAUAAGGUCAACCUUUACACACCCGGCCCAGGUAAUCGGGAAAAACCAUUUGAUAACUAUUAUUUUUGAUACAAAGGAAGUAGGGUUUACGCUUCUGUUGCCAUAAACAGACAAAUUGAGGUUCUUGUGUGAAAGUAAAGGAUGACAAGUAUUUUUGCCGGAAGUGAUUGUUUGAAAAGCGGAGAUGACAUGUAUUUUGGCGCCCUCUGCGUCGUUUCUUACGACAAAAGCUCUUUAGGUUUGAAAGGACUACCAUUGACUAUGAACGAAGAAAAGUAAAAUCUUUUUUUGAACAGGUCAAUCCUGCUGAAUAUUAACUUAACUCAAAUUAGCCACGAUUACUGUUUCCCGCACUUGUGGUUAGUUGUUCCUCCAUGGUGACCUCUAUUUGUUUGUUAGCUUGUUUAUUUUACCUGGCUAAAAUGUACAACACUCAGAUUCGUUGUUUUUUUUUUUUUUUUUUUUUUCAGGACAAUACUCUCCAGAAAAAUUCCAUCCACCCCACGAACGAAGCGAGCCAAGUUUCACCUUUGGGAAACGUACCAAAAUAUUAUUUAAGGACCCCACCCCCUCACCAAAUUCCUACUCCCUCCCACCCCUCAUAGGACCAAAGGGUGUUAACAAGGCCUCAGCCCCGGCUUACUCGUUAAGCGGACGCUCUGGUAUUGGCGGAUUCAGUGAAGAUCUCAAAAAGGUUAAUCAGUUAUUGUUUAUUGAGAAGUACCCAUAUAUCGCAGAUAAUUUUUUUGUCGUUGUAAUUUAAUGUAAAAGUAACGCACAGUACCAAGUGGCAGUGGCAAGGGGUCGAAUGACCAGAGUGACCUUUAUUAGAUAUUUUAGUCUAUUCUUGAGCGAGACACUAGAUGGAUAGAUCAAAUGAUUGUGAGAUGGCGCAGUUUAGAUUCGAUUCAGAAGUCCAUCAGUUCGGAAAUGAUAAGUAAGAACUGGUCCAUGUCCAUGUCCAUAUCAAUGUUCAUGUGUGUGCACGAGAUAUGCUGUUAGUAAAAUGAGCAGGAGUGCGAUUUAAAACGCCAGACGAGGCAUAACUUUUUCCCUGACAACCGCAACAUCCGCCUGCGCUUGCUUGCCAUUUUUCCGGGCGGUUCUUUUUCGUUCGUCUCCACUUCCUGAGAGCCUACCUCAGGCUGUUUUUUAGCCUCUCAACUAUCAAUUACACCGUUCCGUGAUGCAAAUUUUUCUUUUUUUGUUUGUUUGUUUGUUUGUUUGUUUGUUUCAUUGUCUGUUUAUCUCGACGAAGACACCCGGCCCAGGAACUUACGAGGUAACUCAUCCUAAUACAAGCAGAAAGAGAAUGCCAGCAUACACUAUGAAUGGACGAAACUACAUGCCAACAGAUACAACAUUAAAACCAGGACCGGGACAACACAGCCCUGAAAAGGUAGGCUUGCAUAACUUAGGACUGACUGUGGUAAGUAUUUAA